UCGACGGAGAAAAAAAAACGCAGGACGCUAAUAAGUCAGUCUUAUUAUUUGUUCUCCAGUUUGAAAUAUUUACGUCGUAUAAAAUACAUCUUUGAUUCUUUAUUUAAGGAUAAAGUCGUCUCGAUGCGCUAGAUUCACUGUGCCGCUUCUCCUGCUAUCUUUACUUGUUAGUUAGCUUAGCUCGCUAGUUAGCUUAGCUUGAUAGCUGCUAACAGAAGACACAGAAGUUAUCAACACAUCGCUAAGUAGAGAUCAAGUGUGAGAGUAAAGUGUUGUGAUUGUGUGAAAAUGUGCGAAAGAACGAUAGAGAACAAGGCAUAACUUUGUCCAACAAAAGAAGCGAACGAGCGACAACAUCAACUAUUGGAUGUUUAUUAUAAGAAACAUCAAGUUGUGUUACACAGACCAGACAUCUGUGAAGAACAUCUUCUCUCUGAGCAACAGGAGUGGAGCUUCAGGAUGGUGAAGGAGGAGCCACAGCCCUCGUAUUAUAAAGAGGAAGACAAGGACCCACUCAACCCCCACUUUAAAGACAAAGAGGAGGUGCCAGAAACCUCACACUUUAAAAAGAAAGUGAAGGAUGCACUGACCCCCAACAUUAAACAGAACAAGGAUGAACCACUGACCCCCCACUUUAAAGAUGAAGAGGAGGAACACAACAUCAGUCAGGAGGGAGAGCAUAUUGAAGGACUGGUGGAGUUCCCAGUGACUGGUGUCCCUGUGAAGAGUGAAGAUGAUGAGGUCAAAGGUGAAAGUGAGGAGAAGAGAGAGGCGGAGCCUCCAAGCAGCAGCUCAACACAACACAUGACAACAGAAGCUGAUGGAGACCACUGUGGAGGAUCACAAGCAGACAAGCUCUUAGCUCCACUAUCAGAUAGUGAGGACACAACGUCACACUCUCCUGACACUGAUGAUGAACACUCUAAAGAUGAUAAGACAUGUCACACUGACAACACUCACUUCAAAUGUUCUCACUGUGACAAAACAUUUAAAUAUCAUAGUCGUCUGAAAGUACACAUAAGAAGACAUACUGGAGAAAAACCCUUUACCUGCUCAGUAUGUCAUAAAGAAUUUGCACUAAGUCAAAAUUUAAAAUUACAUAUGAGAAUACACACCGGAGAAAAACCUUUUAUCUGUUCAAUUUGUGGUAAAGGUUUUAGAAAAAAUCAGUAUUUGAAAGAACACAUGAGAACACACGCCGGAGAAAAAUAUUGUAUCUGUUCAGUCUGUAGUAAAGGUUUUGUACAAAGUAACACUUUGGAAGUACACAUGAGAACACACACUGGUGAAAAACCUUUUUCCUGUUCAACCUGUGGUAAAGGUUUUACACAAAGUCAGCAUUUGAAAAGACACAAGAGAACACACACUGGUGAAAAAUCAUAUUCCUGUUCAAUCUGCAACAGAAGCUUUUGUGAACAAUCAAACCUUGUAAGACACAUGAGAACACACCCAGGAGAGAAAGUGUUGAGUUGCAGUGUGUGUGGUGAAAGAUUCUCUUAUAAGUACCAGUGUAAGAAACACAAGUGUGCUGGUGAGAACAGCAGCAGCAAAUGAAACUGCAGGAUUAGAAAUAAACUGUCAAGACUUUAAUUUUGACUUUCUACAACAUCAGCACAUAUAACGUGUGACAUUGUUGUUUGUGUAACAAUCUGUUUAAUAUGCUUCUAUAUUUAUAGAUUAGAUAUUUUAUAUUAGUGGUUUUGUCAGUCAAGUACAUGCAUUAAUAUACAAAAUUGUGUACUUUUAUUAAAA